UUCUAUAGCGGAGCCCGGGCACAUGGUCGAGAACGGGCGGCAAGGACUUCGCCGCUGCAGCCCCAGCCAUUUGGAUUAAAGGCUCCUGGCAGCGGCUGAACAGCAAGAGGGAGACGGAGAGGUGGUGGAAUAAAAUGCAUUUUUAACACAUCAGGUACCUAUUAUGCCAUUUCUCUUGUGAAAGCUGUUCGGCAGUGGAGACCUUUUUUAAUUGAACACUCCACAAAUUAUUAUCUCUGGACUCCCAGCUGACACCCUGCUGGAGGCGGCAGCUACUAAGCCAACUGGAACUGUGCCACUCUCUUGUCAAGGGUUUUUAUUUAUUUAUUUCCUUACACAGGAAGAAGAAGAACAAAACAAAAAAAAUGAAGUUGGGCAAAGUGGAGUUCUGCCAUUUUUUGCAGAUCAUAGCUCUUUUUCUCUGUCUUUCUGGGAUGAGUCAAACAGAGCUCUCAAGAUCCAGGUCAAAGCCCUACUUCCAAUCUGGGAGGUCACGGACCAAGCGCAGCUGGGUGUGGAAUCAGUUCUUUGUACUGGAAGAAUACAUGGGAACCGAUCCUCUCUAUGUAGGAAAGCUUCACUCUGAUGUUGAUAAAGGAGAUGGCUCCAUCAAAUACAUCUUGUCAGGAGAAGGGGCAAGUUCCAUUUUCAUUAUUGAUGAGAACACGGGAGAUAUUCAUGCUACAAAGAGACUUGAUCGCGAGGAGCAGGCCUACUACACCCUCCGUGCACAAGCGCUGGAUAGGCUGACAAAUAAACCUGUGGAGCCUGAGUCGGAAUUUGUCAUUAAGAUUCAGGACAUCAAUGACAAUGAACCCAAAUUUCUGGAUGGUCCUUACACAGCUGGAGUACCUGAAAUGUCUCCUGUGGGAACCUCAGUGGUACAAGUAACAGCUACUGAUGCAGAUGACCCUACAUACGGCAACAGCGCCAGAGUGGUCUACAGUAUUCUACAAGGACAGCCUUAUUUUUCUGUGGAGCCAAAAACAGGUAUUAUCAAAACUGCCCUUCCCAAUAUGGACAGAGAAGCAAAAGACCAAUAUCUACUUGUCAUUCAAGCAAAGGAUAUGGUUGGUCAAAAUGGCGGACUGUCCGGGACCACCUCUGUCACCGUCACCCUUACAGAUGUCAAUGACAACCCUCCUCGCUUUCCUCGUAGGUCAUAUCAAUAUAAUGUCCCAGAAUCGCUCCCUGUGGCUUCAGUGGUGGCUAGAUUAAAGGCUGUGGAUGCUGAUGUGGGAUCUAAUGCUGAAAUGGAAUAUAAGAUUGUGGAUGGUGAUGGAUUGGGAGUUUUCAAAAUUUUAGUGGACAAAGAGACACAAGAAGGAAUCAUUACGAUACAGAAGGAUCUGGAUUAUGAAGCCAAGGCCAGCUAUACCUUGAGGAUAGAAGCAGCAAAUAAGCAAGUUGAUCCUCGCUUUCUAAGCCUUGGGCCAUUUAGCGAUAUGACAACAGUGAAAAUCAUUGUGGAGGAUGUAGAUGAGCCACCAGUAUUUACCUCACGUUUGUAUUCCAUGGUGGUCUCUGAAGCUGCCAAAGUGGGCACUAUAAUUGGAACUGUAGCAGCCCAUGACCCAGAUGCCUCUAACAGUCCUGUCAGGUACUCAAUAGAUCGAAACACAGACCUGGAGAGAUAUUUCAAUAUUGAUGCCAACAGUGGGGUCAUUACCACAGCGAAGCCUUUGGAUAGAGAAACAAAUGCUGUUCAUAACAUCACUGUCUUGGCUAUGGAGAGCCAAAACCCAUCACAAAUCGGAAGAGGAUAUGCUGCCAUCACUAUCCUUGACAUCAAUGACAAUGCUCCUGAGUUUGCCAUGGACUAUGAAACUACUGUCUGUGAAAAUGCAGAAUCUGGCCAGGUGAUUCAGAGAAUUAGUGCUGUUGACAAAGAUGACCCGCCUAGUGGUCAUCAGUUUUCCUUCAGUUUAGCAGGAGAGGCAGCAAAUAACCACAACUUCACAUUGCAAGACAAUAAAGACAACACAGCAUCCAUACUAACCAGAAGGAAUGGAUUUCGGAGGCAGGAGCAGUCAGUUUACUAUUUGCCAGUGUUCAUUGUCGAUAGUGGCUCUCCUUCGCUAAGCAGCACCAACACCCUCACUAUCCGAGUGUGUGACUGUGAUGUAGAUGGCAUCGCCCAGACAUGUAAUGCAGAGGCCUACAUCUUGCCAGCAGGACUUAGCACUGGAGCAUUGAUAGCGAUACUGGCUUGCGUCCUGACACUGCUAGUGCUUGUUCUGCUGAUUGUUACAAUGAGACGACGAAAAAAAGAGCCCCUUGUUUUUGAUGAAGAGAGAGACAUCAGGGAAAAUAUAGUCAGAUAUGAUGAUGAAGGAGGUGGAGAAGAAGACACUGAAGCAUUUGACAUGGCUGCCUUGAGGAACCUCAACAUCAUUCGAGACACCAAGACCAGAAGGGAUGUGACUCCAGAGAUCCAGUUCUUGAGUAGACCAUCAUUUAAAAGCAUCCCGGAUAACGUCAUUUUUCGGGAAUUUAUUUGGGAAAGACUAAAGGAGGCUGAUGUGGAUCCCUGUGCUCCACCUUAUGAUUCCCUGCAGACAUAUGCAUUUGAGGGAAAUGGUUCUGUGGCUGAGUCACUCAGCUCUUUAGAUUCUAUCAGCUCAAACUCUGAUCAGAAUUAUGAUUACCUCAGUGACUGGGGGCCUCGUUUUAAACGGCUUGCAGACAUGUAUGGAACUGGACCAGAAAAUUUCUAUUCAUAGCCUUUGAACCUUUCUAUGACAAUGCACUAAAGUAAAGGAAAAUAAAAACUCAAUAUCUGGACUAAGGAAAAUCUGUAAAUAUAUCUCCAUUUUUAACCUUUUGGGUUUUUGCCUUGGUGAAGCAUAUCUUCAUUAGAACUUUGUCCUAGGGACUGCACUGAACAUACAGAUUCUGAGCAUCCAGUGGCAUUUUUGGUAACAUUCGGAUGCUUGGCCAUGUGCAAAUAGAUAGCAACCCUCAUAUACCUGCAGAGGCAACUGACCUCUAAGAGUAAGUUGUGCACUGUGACCUCAAUGAGCCAAUGAUACCCUGUAGAUGCCUUCACAGUACUGCCAGGUCUAGACUGCAGAGUCUCUGCUUAGUGGAGAGAAGGGAGAGAUGGGGGGGGGGGCAAUCAUUAACCACUUACAAUAGUAUUACAAUAUAUUGUAUACUACUGAUGCAAAGUUCAGUCUUUUAUUUACAGUGUUGCAUGCAAAUUGCUGGCUCAAACAAAAAAAAAAUCCAACACAAUGACUUUUUUCAAUGGUGGUUUUAAAAGCUAUUUAGUCCAAAAGCCUUUGUACAUAUCUGGAUAAUUCUGAAAAUAGAUUGCAAUUCCUAUUAUGAAAAUCUGCAACAUAUGCCAUUGCCUUAUCAAAAUUGUUUCGAGGAUAUGUCAAUCAGAUAACUGGAAAGUGAUUCUCGCAGUUUUGUGAUGCCUAUGUAGGUAUGGGGAGAACGUUGCUGUCUAUUUAUUGGUUUAUUAAUUAUUAUUAUCUCUUCUGAUUAGUACAGGAGAAAUUAUCCUUUCUUCACUUUUUUUUUAAUUUCUAAAUAAAAUGUUGACAUGUA